UCUCCAUAUUGUACACUCACCAUCAUGAAAUCAGUUUUAGUUGUCAUAAUGCUGGCAGCGACUGCGUUCGCUGGCCACCACGAGGAACAUGAGACUCAUCACGUAGAAAAAGAGUCCCAUUUUGAACAUGGACAUUUUGAACAUCAUGAACCAAGAGUAGAACUUCAUGAACAGACUUAUCAACCUCAUUUUGAAGUCAACGAGUCCGAGUUUCAACACCAAGAACUGGGAGAGCAUGAAUCUGAACACCAAGAACUGGCAGAGCAUGAAUCUGAACACCAAGAACUGAAUUUUGAACUGCACGAAGGACAUAAAGAACACCAUGAGCCAGCCAGGUCUUACCAGAAUUUUAUUCUUCAUGUUGGCCAUCAGAUUCCAAUCAAAGUACCCGUGAUUCAUUUCUUUGAACAUCACGACGAAAAUGUUCUCCAUCACCACCAUGAACACGGACUUUGAUUAGAUUAAGAAAAUGACUGAAUA